GCGGGCGCAGGGCAACGGCGGAAAUGACGUCUCGGGUGUUGAUGCUGAGGGAAGCGGCAUGGCGGAAGGCGGCGGCGAUGGUUCCUCCGAGCCCGGCGGGCUCUUGCAGCAGAUCCUGAGCCUCCGCCUCGUCCCGCCGCCGGGGAACCUCACCGGAGCCGCCUGCCCCAGGACCCUCUGCCACUUCUCAGAGAUGUGGUACGGUGUCUUCCUCUGGGCCCUGGUCUCCUCCAUCUUCUUCCACAUCCCGGCUGGGCUGCUGGCCCUCUUCACCCUCCGGCGGCACAGAUACGGCAAGUACAUGUCAGUGAGCAUCCUGCUGAUGGGCGUUAUGGGACCAAUCGCCGCCGGGAGCUUGACAAAUGAGAAAUUUCCCACAGAAGAUUGGGCGACUUGGAAGGCACUCUGGCACCACGAGAUGCAGAGCCAACCUUGGGAAAUGGGUCCACAAAGUGGAGUCCAAGUGGAGAAGAGCAAGCCACAGACCACCGACUACAAUGUGGCCUGAGCCCUGCCACGUGCACUAUGGAGGACCUUCUUAAGAGCAACACCAGAGGUUCCAAGUGGCCAGAUUCUGGUCAAAGGACAUUUAGUAUCAUACCAAGUUUUUAACUUUGUGUUUUUAAAUACAUUAUAACUGUAUCCUCAAUUCAGUGCUGACACGAUAAAUAAAUCUAUAUAUGAUCUAUUAACUAUCAUCUUCUCUGUCCUGUAUUUACUACCUACUAUGUGUCUCUAAUCUAUGCCUUCUGUUUCAUCUAUCUGUUCAUCUAUAAUAGAAACAGACCCACCCGCUGCUACUGGCCCCAGUGGGAAACCUGUUAGUGGGUCGUACCUUGUCUGUGCCGAGGUCCGUUUUCACCCACCCGGGGUGGAUUGCCACGCACAGGAUGCCCUUGUCCUUGUACUCCAGGGCCUGGCACUGCGUGAGCAUGUUCAGCGCUCUCUGGAGAGACAAACAGAAGGAGGGACAUAUGGAUGGACACAUGGACACAUUGUUCCGUAUGCCGGCUCCCUGGCCGCCUGGCCUUCCUGCCACAGAGCGCAUUCCCUUCUCGCCCGCUUACUUUGCUGCAGCGGUAGGCAAUGACGGGGAAGGUGCCCAUGUGCGGAGCGUUGCCGAUGGAGCCGCCGAUGGUGGAGAAGUUGAUCACGGCAGGUCUGCAACCGCCCGGGCCCUUCCCGCUGGUUGUCUUCGCGGCCGCAAUCAGCAUCGGGAGGAAAGCCUGCGGAGAAGCACAGGCGCCGUGAGCAUAGUCAGGACUGGAGGUAAGGCAGUGAGAUUUAUUUAUGUGCAAGAUCUUGCAACCUCUGAACUAUUGCAAAAUGUGCUGCAAGGGGUCCCUCCUACGUUUUUGCAGUUUCAUAAACUUUCCCCAUGUUUUGACGCUCUAACCGAGGGGUCCCCAAACUAAGGCUUGCCCAAAGUCUGAAAUAACUUGAAGGCACCAUAACAACAACAAUCCUACUUAACUUGACUAUCUCAUUGGCCAGAAGCAGACCCACACUUCCCAUUGAAAUCCUGAUAGGUUUAUAUUGCUUAAAAUUGUUUUUAUUUUUAAAUAUUGUAUUGUUCCUUCAUUUACUAAUAUUGUGCUAUGGUAAUAAUAUAAUAUAUUGUGUAUACAUAUAAUAUUGAUACCCACACUUCCCAUUGAAAUCCUGAUAGGUUUAUAUUGGUUAAAAUUGUUUUUAUUUUUAAAUAUUGUAUUGUUCCUUCAUUUACUAAUAUUGUGCUAUGGUAAUAAUAUAAUAUAUUGUGUAUACAUAUAAUAUUGAUACCCACACUUCCCAUUGAAAUCCUGAUAGGUUUAUAUUGGUUAAAAUUGUUUUUAUUUUUAAAUAUUGUAUUGUUCCUUCAUUUACUAAUAUUGUGCUAUGGUAAUAAUAUAAUAUAUUGUGUAUACAUAUAAUAUUGAUAAUAAUAUUAUAAUGUAAUACAAUAUAAUAUUUAUUUAUUUAUUACAGUACAGGGGACUCUGCGCGGCUAAUAAUAAUAAUGCAAUGUAAUAAUAUUGUAUAAUAAUAUUAAUUAUAUAUUAUAUAUUAAAUGUAAUCUUACUAAUAAUAUUACGGUAUAAUGGUAUAGUACAAUAUAGUAAUACAUAAUGCUAAUAUUGUGCUAUGCUAAUAAUAUAAUAUAUUGUAUGUACAUACAACUUGUAAGCUGCUCUGAGUCUCCUGUGGGGUGAGAAAGGGUGGAGUAUAAAUGUAGCAAAUAAAUAAAUAAAUAAUUGUUGUUGGGGGUUUUUUUUGCACUACAAAUAAGACAUGUGCAGUGGUGUGCAUAGAAAUUUGUUCGUUUUUUUUUCCAAGUGAUAAUUCGGCCCCUCAGCAAUCUGAGGGACCAUGAACCGGCCCUCCACUUUAAACGUUUGAGGACCCCUGCUCUAACCAAUUUGGAAAUGCCCUUGUGUCGCAUGGGGCUACCUUGGUGAUCAUCAUGGGCCCGACCACGUUGGUGUGGAAGACGCUGAGCAUGUCGUCCUGGGUGACGGACUCGAGGGUGCUGGGCGGCAUGAUGCCGGCGUUGUUGAUCAGGAGCGUCAGGCCCUUCCCGGCCAGGUGGGCCUCGGCUUCUUGGGCGGCGGCCUCGAUGCUCCCUUCGUCCGUGGAUUCUGUAAAGGUGCAUGGGAUGUAUUACGAGAGGGAUUCAUCAUCACACCUUUUUACGGUCCAAAGAUCCAUCUGCUGGGAGGGGUUUGACUGUGUUUCCUUGCAGAAAGGGGUUGGACUGGAUGACCCUUGGGAGUCCCUUCCAACUCUAGGAUUCUGUGACUUCCAGCACAAUGGAUAAAAAGCUUUGCUUUGCACAGAACAGCUUAGGAUGCAUCUAGGUAGUAGAAUGGAUAAGGAUUGGCUCCACUCUUAACUGCCAAUGAUUCCACGCUAUGGAAUCCUGGGAGUUGUAGUUUGUUGGGGCCCCAGAAGGAUCCUGUAGAAUGGAAAGGGUUGCUUCUAAAAGGACAGUAUCAGAGAAGGCUUUGCUGUGGGGACGAAGGAUAGGAGACCUGAAACUCACCUUUAAGCUUGACUUACCAUAAGCAAAAGGGAAUAAUAACACAACUUUAGAAAUGCGUGGGCAUGUACAUUCUUUUGUGUUUGUGGUUUGCGAAGGGAGGAGCCCUGCAAAGGCACACCUGCGCAUCUCACAGAGACAGGGUUCGGUCCCUUUUGUGCUCUUAAUCUGCGCCUUUCAGCCACGUCUACCCAACAAGGGACAGGCCUGGGCUUGGAAGCUGCCUUUUACAUUUCUUGGAGAAACACCAGCAUUAUGCAACCAAUGAUAUUACCCAAAGGUUGAGAGAGUCAGAAACACUGGGGUGUCUGUGGUGGAGGAAAAACAGAAAAUCUAGGCUGAAAUUGUCCCCUUGUGAAAGCCUUCACCUGGGUGGUGAGCAGGAUGUGUUGGUGGAGGACAUGGACAGGGCUCUUGGGCAUGUUCACGGCACUCACUAUAACUGGGAUGUCUGUGGUGGAGGAAAAACAGAAAAUCUAGGCUGAAAUUGUCCCCUUGUGAAAGCCUUCACUUGGGUGGUGAGCAGGAUGUGUUGGUGGAGGACAUGGACAGGGCUCUUGGGCAUGUUCACGGCACUCACUAUAACUGGGAUGUCUGUGGUGGAGGAAAAACAGAAAAUCUAGGCUGAAACUGCCUUCCCUUGGGUGGUGGGCAGUGUGGUGUUUGUGGAGGACACUGGCAGGGCUCUUGGGCAUGUUCACGGCACUCACUAUAACUGGGAUGUCUGUGGUGGAGGAAAAACAGAAAAUCUAGGCUGAAACUGCCUUCCCUUGGGUGGUGGGCAGUGUGGUGUUUGUGGAGGACACUGGCAGGGCUCUUGGGCAUGUUCACGGCUCUUUCUAUAAUUGCAAUGUCAUUGGAGGAGGGCCAUUGGUGUCUCCUGAGUAAUGGGACCUAUGGCUGUUCGUGGGAGCCUGUCUGUGUACGCGCACACCCUGCCACAUGCACACAUACAUAUGCAUUUUCACCUUUUUUAUGUGUGAAAAAAUAAACUCAAGGGAUCCUCCUUGGCUCCUGCUUUGCCUCUGUUUGUUUUGAAUGCCCCACAGCCUAUUCCAAAAGAGCAGCGCUAAUGAGGGCGAGGUCCCGGGCGCUGAGUGCAAAUCAUGCGCUCCGACAGGCACAUGUAACGCAUGGCCAUGCAUCCCUCCUUCUGUCAACCCACCGUCCAAGGAAACAAGCAAUGGGCCCAGUGCAAAAACAAGGGUCCAAACACCCUUUCUGCAGGGAAAAAGGAAAGGUUUGUGCACAUACCGAGUUGCAAGAUCACCAGGUUGGGAUGCUUCGAAGCCAGUUUUUUCAGUUCCUAGAAUCAGGAUUAAAAAAGAGAGUCUGCAUUAUAAGACGCACACAUUCAAAGCUGCCUGGAUUCCAUCCUUACUGAAGAAAGAAAAAUACAAUUCUGAAACAGGAUUCUAGUUUUUCAGUUAAUCUCAACCCAUUCAACCUAGUUUGUGGCAGCUGCAAAAACGAAGUUCCUGGAGAAUAGCAACUACAGUAGAGUCUCACUUAUCCAAGCCUCUCUUAUCCAAGUUUCUGGAUUAUCCAAGCCAUUUUUGUAGUCAAUGUUUUCAAUAUAUCAUGAUAUUUUGGUGCUAAAUUCAUAAAUACGGUAAUUACAACAUAACAUUACUGCGUAUUGAAUUACUUUUUCUGUCAAAUUUGUUGUAUAACAUGAUGUUUUGGUGCUUAAUUCGUAAAAUCAUAACCUAAUCUGAUUAUCUUUUGGCAGACCAAGACCCCAAAAUUACUGCCAAAGUUGCUAGCUUUUGUGCAGCAGCGAUAACUUGUCGGUGUAAGAUGUUGCCACAGUUUUAGAAGAUUUUAAUAUUUACUUCAGCAUUUACCUUUGUCAUUUUAGCAUAUAAAUGUUUUAUGUCAUUUAACUACCUCAUUCAAUACUGUGUUUUAACCUUGUUCUUCACUGUGUUUCUUAAUACAGUAGAGUCUCACUUAUCCAACACUCGCUUAUCCAACGUUCUGGAUUAUCCAAGCCAUUUUUAUAGUCAAUGUUUUCAAUAUAUCGUGAUAUUUUGGUGCUAAAUUCGUAAAUACAGUGAUUACUACAUAGCAUUACUGCGUAUUGAACUACUUUUUCUGCCAAAUUUGUUGUCUAACAUGAUGUUUUGGUGCUUCAUUUGUAAAAUCAUAAACUAAUUUGAUGUUUAAUAGGCUUUUCCUUAAUGCCUCCUUAUUAUCCAAGCUAUUCGCUUAUCCAACAUUCUGCCGGCCCGUUUAUGUUGGAUAAGUGAGACUCUACUGUAUCUAAUUGUAUACGUUUCAACGCUAUUCUGAUGCUUGUACAUUUUCUGUUGCUGGUCAUUGACUGUAAUAAAUAAAUAAAUAAAUAAAUAUAUAA